AUGGGUGUGCAGAGUACUUGUUGUAGACGUAUAGGAGACGGCUCGUUUUUCAUUGCCAAAAGAUCAUGGGACCGUCUGUGCAAGGAUUUCCCGACGACUACAACUGGGAGAAAGAGACUUCUUCCCUUAGCGUUCGACGGCGAUGCACGAUUUGUGUACGAGGAGAUCGCGGGAUUCAAUCCCGAUGCCACGUGCGAUGAGCUUUGGAAGUUGCUUGGAAAUAGGCUGUGCAACGAGAUCCAUCAGUCAGCACUACGAGACAGGUUUUUUGCCAUGACAUGGAAUGAGAAGCGAGAGUCCUUUGAGAAGUUUGCGUGGCGUCUCCGCUCGGCCUCUCUGUUGCUCCCAGGUACUGUCGACGAUGGAUUGCUGCUCAAUCGUCUCAAGAAUGGCCUUCCGAGUCGGUUGCAAGACCAAGCCAAGCUGGCGUCAGGGACCUUCGACGAAGUUGUGAGCCGAGUGUCCAGUCUGUCUUCUGCACAGAUUAAUCGCAUUGAAAGAGUUCGUGAGGUCCGGGACGAUAGACCAGCUAGUACGGGUCCGGCCAUGAACUACCCCGCCGGUGACCGGUUUUCACAUGUGCGCUGUCACUACAGUACUGUCAGAGGCUAGGCCAUAUCUCUCGGGAUUGUGAAAAGAAAAUGGCUGACAGAGAGGCGUCGGGGAAAUGCAAGGGGGAUCAGCGAGGCCCUGCUGGUCCGGACCCAAAACGCAGCUAGGGCGACAACACCCGGCAGGGCCUAAGACGCUCAGGGAAAGGGUAUGCGCGUGCGGAGAGGCGCUGUUACAUGAGUUGGAUGGCACAGAGGAGAUUGCUGUCAACAUCGGUGAGAAAUUGUGGGUGCCGGUUGACACUGCGGCUCUCUCACUUUGGGUAGAUCACGACUGGCUCCUCUGAAAUGGAGGAAGGAUCAAGCCGACUGAGAUAAGGGCCGAUGCUGUAGAUGGACACCAUCUCGACGUGAGAGGAGAAGGACUGCUGACGUUUGAGCUGUGGGGAUAUCAGUUCACAGAGGAAGUUCAAGUGCUGCGCCAUCUUCCCAACAAGCUUCUAAUUGGUCGCAAAUUCUGGAGAAAGCACUCACUGCGCUUGGACCUAGCUGCCAAUUGCGGAUCUAUCCGGGUUCAAGGCGUUUGGCUGACCGGGAGGAUCAGCAAAGGCGGUUCUGGCUCCCAUAGAGAGAAUGUCUGUAAGAUGUUGGAGGGAGCAGACGUGGACACGUAUCUUAAACGGGAAUCGGACUAUGGCGAAUUCUCAGAAGACCCUCGCUUACAGCAAAAGUUACGGGAUCUGCUUUGGAGAAAGCGAGAAAUCUUCAAAGGACUCGGACGAAUUAAGGGCGUCAAGCAUGAGAUAGUUCUAAAGGAGGGAGCUAGGCCAAUCUGCCAACCACUGCGCAAGAGAUCCCCUGGCGAGCAAGAUGUCGAACGGGAGGCCAUGGAGAGGCUGAUCAUGCUUGGUGUACUGGAGCCUAGCACAUCCCCCUGGGCAUCCAACAAUGUUCUUUGUUAAAAAAAGGACGGCAGCAUACGCGUCACUGCCGACUUCAGGGCAUUGAACAAUGCAACGGUCACGGACUCCUAUCCAAUGCAGGACAUGAGGCAGGUUUUGGAUUGGCUCGGCAAUAAGAGGAUACUACAGUGUGCGAAACGCAAAUAAAUACACCCAUCGUCGAGCGGGUUUUCGCCAGAUGCAGGCCGAUAACAUAAAGACGCCCACUCUAUGA